AUGAACCAGCUUGUUGUAAAGGCAGCUGGGCUUGAUCUGUCUCCCUUAGGUCGAGCGCAGGACGCGGUUGCUUUCCGGGCUGCGGGCGCAACUCGCACCGCGCUCCCCCGGUGCCCCGGGAAGGCCCCGCCCCACCCCCGCCCCGGCCCCGCCCCCGGCGGGACGCGCGGCAUUUCCUGCGGGCGGCGGCAGGACGCGGCGCUGGCCGGGGCGGGGGGCGGCGGCGGCGGCCGGGGGGGGCGCGGGGGCGCCUCGCCCGGGCGGCGGGCGCUGUGGCCGGUGCUGACGGGGCUGUGCGCGGCGCUGCUCUGCCUGUGCCAGGCGCUGCGCGGCGCGGAGGGCGCGGCGGAGGCGGGCUCGGCGCUGCUGCUGCUGGGCUGCCUGCUGGCGCGGUGCUGCGCCGAGGCGCGGGGCGGCGGCGGCGGCGGCGGCGGGGGGGCAACGGACGACCCCGCGUCGGGGGAGGCGGGGUCGCUGCGCGGCGCGCUGGAGCGCUUCCACGCGCGGGAGCUGCGCGUGUCGCCGCACGUGCUGGGGCACAGCAAGGCGCACGUGGGGCGCGUGGUGGCCGAGCUGGUGCGCGCCGCGAAGGCGCAGGGGCUGCGCCCGGGGCCGCUGGCGCUCAGCCUGCGCGGGGACUUCGUGCGCGUGGGCAGCGCCUACGAGCAGCACGCGGUGCGCGGCCCCGAGCGCUUCGACGUGCUGGUGCCGCUGCGGCUGCCGCCGCCGCUGGAGCCGCGCGGGGCGCAGGGGGGCGCGGGCGCCUUCGCGUGCUCGCUGCGGGCGCGGGCGGGCGCGGAGCCGCGGGGCCGCGGGCAGCUCUCGGCCGCGCUGGUGCUGCGCUGGUUCCGCGGGCACGUGCGGCGCUGCCUGGGCGCCGUGCGCUACCGCCUGCGCGACAGCUGCCGCGUCAGCCUGUCGGCGGCGCCGGGCCGGCCGCCCACGCUGCACAUCGCGCCGCGCUCCGACUACGUGUGCUGCCACGUGGCCAUGGCCGUGCGCCUCGUGCCCGCCGUCCCGCUGGGCGACGCGCUCUACCUCACCGCCCCGCCGCCGCGCGGGCCCGCCGCCCUCUGGGGCCUCGACGCCUCGAGGCAGGAGCAGCGGCUGCUGGGCUGGGUGAAGGAGCGCGCCCCGGCCGCCGCCUGCCACCUCAAGUGCCUGCAGAUCCUCAAGGGGCUGCGCGACCUGCGGCGGCGCGGCCUGGACGAGCCGCUGGGCUCCCAGUGGGGCCGCGUGCUCUCCUCCUACGUGCUGAAGACGGCCGUCCUGUCCCUGCUGCUGCGCGGCCCCUUGGGCGGCUGGGACGAGCGGUUCCUGGUGGAGCGGCUGGAGGAGCUGGUGCUGUACCUCAGGGACUGCCUGCGCAAGCGGGUGCUGAUGCAUCUCUUCCUGGGGAACGUCAGCCUCCCCGAGGCGGUGGCGGUGCCCAGGUUCCUCAGGGAAGCCACCCCGGUCAACCUGUUGGCCGCCUUCGACGGGGUCACGCUGGACUUGGUCGCCUUCCAGUUGGUCGACACCUGGUUCCAGGCGCCGCGCAUCAUCCGGAUGUACAGCAGUCCCCGGUACUGGCGACCGGCACCCGUCCCGUGCCGGCACGUCACCGAGGCCGAGCAGGACGCGUUGAGAGAGCGAGGCAGCGGCUGGGCGAGCCGGCGGCUGGGUGAGCCUGCCAAAGCAGCGCCAUCCCAGCCCGCCAGUCCAUCGUAAGCCAUCGUCUGCCUGAGGAAGGUGGGAUCCCGUUAAACGUGGUUGUGUGGUUUGGUCCCUGACCUAAGAAAACCGGGAAACCAGAGCCCGAGACUUAAUGAAGUGGGAGUUCUUGGGUUUUAGUCUCGAACUCUUGGGUUUUAAACUCAUUGGUUGCUCGUGGGAAAAUUGUGAGAUUUCUGGGAAAUGCCUUAGUCGAGAAGCGUUGUGUUCGUUCAACUUCACAAACCUAACUUUGAGGCACAAACUGACAUUUCUGGAAAUCUAUGUUAACUUCUUGUCUUAGUGGCAAAAUGGAUCUUUUUUUGAGAUUUGCUUUUUACAAUGCAAAAUCCAUUUGGGAUUUAAACAUCCUGUAAAUGCAAACAAUCCCUCUGCUCCGAUGUACCGAGAUGCUCUUCAGAUGCGAUGAGCGUGAGAGCACGGGUGUUGAUCACAGUUUGAAAUGCUUUUUUGACACUCUUCAAAUUUCCUGUGUAAUGGAAUACGUUGUGUUCAGUAGAAACGUAAUGUGCAUAUUAAUGUAAAAUUGAGGGAAGAAGCAAAACUUCUCUGACAACAGCAUGAAGAAUCUCGUACUUUUCUGUGUUCAAGCAAAGGUUAUACUGAAGGAUUGAUGUAGAUAAAAGGAAACAAAUAGCACUUUAUUUUUGCAAGGGCCUUCUUUUUAUUAUAAUUGGCUGCACUAAAUACUUGCCAUGGAGGAGGCAUUAAUAUUUUGUUAGAGGAUUGGUUGAAUCAUUCUGAGGAACCUUUUUUUAGGAAAUAUUCUGAGGUUGGUUUGUCGGUUCUUGUAGAGUUUUUUUUUUCCUGGCUUUGAGUAUUAUUUUCUUAGAAUUUGCUUUACCUCAAGGACCAACAACAAAACUAAGAAGUUUUGCAUGUUUCUUUUUUUUUUUUUUU